AUGGGAGGACAUGAGGAUGGGGAGCUCGGCGGCAAGGUAGUGAACGAAGACGGGGGGUUCACCGAGAAGCACGUGGGGCCCACCCGGAGCAGCCUGGAGAACGCCGCCCCUGACGGCGGCUGCCCAGGAUCGGACCAUAGAAAGGAGGAUGAGGGCACGAAGGUCGUCUCCUACAGAAAGCUCUUCUCCUUUGCCGAUUCCACGGACAUAGUUCUCAUGGUUCUCGGGACCAUCGGAGCUAUGGCGAACGGCGUUUCCAUGCCUCUGAUGACCCUCCUGUUCGGGAACCUGACGGACUCCUUUGGGGAGUCUCCGGACAUUAAGGACGUCGUCGACAGGGUCUCCAAGGUGGGCACGGAAACCACCCCCGCAGCUGAUUAUCCUAUCAUUCCCUGCCCCUUAUCGCUCGAUUUGUCCGCAGGUUGCUCUGCAAUUUGUCUACCUGGCCAUCGGUGCCGGCCUCGCGUCGUUUCUCCGUAAGCUCCCUCCCUUCCUUAAUCUUCUCCGUCUUGCAGCCGUGGUGGUGACUCUGUUUCUUUCUUCUUCUUCUUCUUCCUCCUCGGGGUCUGUCUGCGACAGAGGUGACCUGCUGGAUGGUCACCGGCGAGAGGCAGGCAGCGAGGAUUAGGAAUCUGUACUUGAAGACCAUCUUGAGACAGGAGAUCGGCUUCUUCGACAAGGAGACGAACACGGGGGAAGUCGUGGGCAGGAUGUCCGGAGACACGGUCUUCAUCCAAGACGCCAUGGGCGAGAAGGUGGAGUUAUGGUCCAUUAUAAAUCGUCUUCUUCUUCUAGCUGGUUAUUAUUCAUAUUCUUCUGGUCUGAAAGAUCCCCGUCAUCCUCUGCGUCUCAGGUGGGCAAGUUCAUCCAGCUGGUGUCAACUUUUGUCGGGGGAUUCGUGAUAGCGUUCGUCCAGGGAUGGCUCCUCACCCUCGUCAUGCUGUCCACCAUCCCCCCCCUCGUGGUGGCCGGCGCCGUCAUGGCCACGGUCAUCGUGAAGAUGGCGUCUCGCGGACAGACGGCCUAUGCCGAGGCGUCGGUGAUCGUCGAGCAGACAAUCGGUGCCAUAAGAACGGUGAGUAGCGCCACCCACCGCUGCGCCAUAAGAUGGACGGACUUUCCCGCGGAAAUGUCUUCCGUCCUUCUCAUUGGGUGCUCUGCGUGCAGGUGGCCUCCUUUACCGGGGAGAAGCUGGCAGUGGAUAAGUACAGCAAGUCGCUGAAUGCUUCGUACAAGGCGAGCUGCCAGGAGGGCCUCGCCGCUGGCGUUGGCCUCGGCGCCGUCUUCAGCAUCAUGCUCUUCGGCUACGCCCUGGGCAUAUGGUACGGGGGGAAGCUGAUACUGGACAAGGGCUACUCCGGCGGGGACGUCAUCAGCGUGAUCUUCGCCAUCUUGACCGCUUCGUUGUGAGCCAUCGCCACCGGUCUCUGUUUCCUUCCUUCCUGCCCGUUCUUCCGUACAUACUCUCUCCCUGAUGCCACUGGUUUUUCUCUGGUCAACUGCCUGCUGGAAAUGAAGCUCGCUAGGACAGGCGUCGCCGUGCAUAAGCGCAUUCGCGGCUGGGAAGGCUGCGGGGUUCAAGAUGUUCGAGACGAUCGAGAGGAAGCCGGAGAUCGACGCGUACGACGAGGGGGGGAGGACGCUGGAGGACCUCCGGGGGGACGUCGAGCUGAAGGACGUGCACUUCAGCUACCCUGCACGCCCGGAGGAGCCGAUCUUCACCGGCUUCUCUCUCGUUAUCCCGAGCGGGACGACCACCGCCCUGGUCGGGCAGAGCGGCAGUGGGAAGUCGACGGUGGUCAGUCUGAUCGAGCGGUUCUACGACCCACAGUCCGGCGCCGUGCUCAUCGACGGCGUCGACCUCCGGGACUUGCAGCUGCGGUGGAUCCGGGGGAAGAUUGGGCUGGUGGGCCAGGAGCCCGCACUCUUCACCGCCAGCAUCCGGGACAACAUCGCCUACGGCAAAGACAGCGCCACCAUCGAGGAGAUCCGGGCCGCCGCCGAGCUCGCCAACGCGGCCAAGUUCAUCGACAAGAUGCCCCAGGUCAGAGCUGACGUCUUCUUCUUCUUCGUCAUCAUCAUUAUCAUCAUCAUCAUCCUCAUCUUCUUCUUCCGCAGGGGCUGGAGACGAUGGUGGGGGAGCACGGGACGCAGCUCUCCGGCGGGCAGAAGCAGCGGGUGGCCAUCGCCAGGGCGAUCCUCAAGAACCCGCGCAUCCUCCUCCUAGACGAGGCGACGAGCGCGCUCGACGCAGAGUCGGAGCACAUCGUGCAGGAGGCGCUGGACCGGGUCAUGAGGGACCGCACCACCAUCAUCGUCGCCCACCGCCUCAGCACCGUCAGGAACGCCGACAACAUCGCCGUGGUCCAGCGGGGACGCAUCGUCGAACAAGGUACGCCGUCGUCUCACCCGCCUGCUCCUCUGAAACCCGGUUGGUUUCGCCGUCGAUGGCGCCGGAGUGUGACGGUGGUCGGCGCCUCUGCGCAGGGUCACACGAGGAGCUGCUCAAGGACUUGGAGGGGGCAUACUCCCAGCUCAUCCGCCUGCAGGAGACGGCGAAGCAGGAGCCGUACGCCUAUCAGAGGAGCGCGUCGUCGACGGAGAUCCGCCGGCAGUCGAGCCAGAUCCGACGGUCCAUCAGCCGGGGAUCCUCGACCGGAAACACCAGCGCUCACUCCUUUUCGGUGCCCUUCGUCGUGGCGGUCGGGGUCGGAAUUUACGACGACGAAGCGCCCGGGGAGGGGAAGCCGCCGGCGGAGCUCGACGGCGAGCUGUCGUCGCCCGCCCCCGAGCCGCCGUCCGUCUACCGCCUUGCUGCCAUGAACAAGCCGGAGAUCCCGGUUCUGCUGCUUGGGGUGGUCUCCGCAUCGGUGGCCGGUGUCAUAAUGCCGAUAUUCGGGCUGCUGCUGGGUAGCAUCAUCGAGACGUUCUACAAGCCGGCCGCCGAGCUGAAGAAGGACACAAGGUUCUGGGCUCUGAUGUUCACCGUCCUCGGCGUGGUUUCCCUUGGUGCCUACCCGGGGAGGACCUACUUCUUCGGGGUGGCGGGCUCCCGGCUGAUCAAGAGAAUCAGGAUGAGGACCUUCGAGAAGGUGGUCAACAUGGAGGUGGCCUGGUUCGACGAACCGGCGAACUCGAGCGGGGCGAUCGGCGCGAGGCUCUCGGCGGACGCCGCAAUGGUCCGAAGCCUCGUCGGUGACGCGCUCGCUCUGGUGGUCCAGAACCUGGCGACCUUGUUGGCCGGCCUGAUCAUCGCGUUCGUGGCCAACUGGCAGCUCUCCCUCAUCAUCCUGGCCUUGCUACCGCUCAUCGGUCUCAACGGCUGGGUUCAGAUGAAGUUCAUCAAGGGUUUCAGCGCCGACGCACAGGUACUCCGCUCAUCUUCAUCAUCAUGGUCUUCUUACGAGAUCCUUAUCUUAUUCUUCUUCUUCUGCCAGAUGAUGUACGAGGAGGCUAGUCAGGUGGCGAACGAUGCCGUGGGGAGCAUACGGACGGUGGCUUCGUUCUCUGCAGAGGAGAAGGUGAUGGAGCUCUACAAGAAGAAGUGCGAGGCCCCGCUGAAGACGGGGGUCCGGCAGGGCCUGGUCAGUGGAAUCGGCUUCGGGCUCUCCUUCUUCCUCCUCUUCUGCACCUACGGUACCAUCUUCUACGCCGGCGCCAAGUUCGUCGAGGACGGCAAGACCACCUUCCCGGACGUCUUCAAGGUGACAACCAAUACCCCACAGCAUCGCCGCCGAGGUCCAGGAGCCCACGGCAUCGCCGCCAAGCUGACAGCCUCUUUCCUUUCCUGCCCUCGAUGCCGCAGGUGUUCUUCGCCCUGGCCAUGGCGGGGAUCGGGCUGUCGCAGUCGAGCGGCCUGGCCCCCGACUCGAGCAAGGCGAAGUCGGCCAGCGCCUCCGUCUUCGCCAUCCUCGACCGAAAGUCCAAGAUCGACCCCAGCGAUCCCACCGGGCAGACGUCAGAGGUAAAGGGGAACAUCGAGUUCCGGCACGUCAGCUUCCGGUACCCAACGAGGCCCGAGGUUCAGAUUUUCCAGGACCUCUGCCUGACCAUCCUCGCCGGCAAGGUACGCCCGCCGCCAUUAAUUUUUAUUAACCUCAGGAAGAGGUGUGAGAGCUCUUUCGGCGUUCCGACCGCGAAGUUCGUGAUGGUGGCUCUGUUCUGUUCGACCUCCGCAGACGGUGGCGCUGGUGGGGGAGAGUGGCUGCGGGAAGUCGACGGCGAUCGCGCUUCUGCAGAGGUUCUACGACCCCGACUCCGGCCAGAUCCUGCUGGACGGAGAGGACAUUCGGAGCUUCCAGCUGCGGUGGCUGCGGCGGCAGAUGGGCCUGGUUGGCCAGGAGCCCGUCCUCUUCAACGACUCCAUCCGCGCCAACAUUGCCUACGGCAAGGACGGAGACGCCUCCGAGGCGGAGAUCGUCGCCGCCGCCGAGGCAGCCAACGCCCAUAAGUUCAUCAGCGGCCUCCAACAGGUGGGUCCUCUUCCCCUCCGCUUCAUCCUCCACCGCGUCCGGUGGCGGCGCCGCCUUAUUCCUUUCCUUUCCUUCUUUGACGAUCCUCUGAGCGCGUGCAGGGGUACGAGACGGUGGUCGGCGAGAGGGGAAUUCAGCUGUCGGGAGGGCAGAAGCAGAGGGUAGCCAUCGCCCGGGCCAUGGUGAAGGACCCGAGGAUCUUGCUGCUGGACGAGGCCACGAGCGCCCUCGACGCCGAGUCCGAGAGAGUAGUCCAGGACGCGCUGGACAGGGUGAUGGUCAAUCGGACGACCGUCAUCGUCGCCCACCGGCUGUCCACCAUCAAGGGCGCCGACCUCAUCGCCGUCGUCAAGAACGGGGCCAUCGUCGAGAAGGGCCGCCACGGUACCCUCAUCAACAUCAAGGACGGCGCCUACGCUUCCCUGGUGGCGCUCCACUCUAAAGUUGUAUCCUAGUCAAAGCCCCCUCUUCAGUCCCUCCAGUCUUCGUCUUGUGUAGCGGAGAUGGAUACGUCUCUGACGUUGAGUCCUUUGUUUUCUACGUCGGGCCGAAUUUUCCUGUGGAUAUGGAUAAAUAAAUGUAAGUCAUGCGCACGGGGUCAGGUCAUCAAUAGAUUCUGGGGAAAAGAUGGCAAGGGGAGUAUUUCUCCGCGGCAGUGAAGUGGGACGGUCGUCGUUAAUGGGCGAAGGCGGGGGAGGCGUUGGCGCCGUCUUACUUACUUCGCCUUAGGACGGAGCAGAUUACAUGCCGGGAGAUGUACGUCUCGAGCUUGCCGGAUAUGUCCGAGAGCUUCAGGUCGAAGCUGCUGCUGUAGCUGUGAUGCUUCUGGGAAGAGGAUCCGAUGAACCUCCUGCUUGGGGUCAAGGACCUGCCACUGCCGGUGACUUCCGUGAACCAGGAGGGCUUGCGGACGACGGCGGCGACCACGACGAGGGCCCAUGGCUCUGCUUCUCUAUAGGCCCAGCGAGGGGCCCUUCUUUAUCUCCGACGGCAGCGGCUUUGGUGAGGACGGGGGGAUCUCCAGUUGCUUUUCUCUCUUGCUUCCUAGGACGCUUCGCCCCCCCCUCAUCUUUUUCGGCUUCCGUGGGUCAAUGCUGAAGUGGGAGGUGCACUCUGGAUUGGUUCUUUCCUUACUCUUUCGGCAGUCAUCGUUGACUUAUGAUGCAACGGGCACUGCCGUCUCUGGUUAUGGUUGACCGGAUUAAGAGGAGGAAACAGUUACGAGAAGAGAGCCCGACUGACCUGUUUUUCGCUCUCCGGCCAAGAAUCGAGAAGCCAGAGAAGGUGUGUCCGCCGUAUCGAAGUCAACGCUCUCGUCAGGGGAGGAAUCGAGGUCGUCAUAUGGCCAGUAUGUAUUCGUACGUCGUCAUUCCCUGCAUCUGCAGAUAAUAGCAGUGACGUUUCAGAAUCAUUGACUGGAACUCCAGACAAAGAACAACGGCCGGCACCCGUUUGACUUUGGUUUUGUCUUGAUCAUGAGCUCUUUACCGGCUACAAAACAAAAACAUUACCUUUAUGACGGGAGGGAGCAACGUGGACGAAGACAACUGCCGCACCGUCGCACCGUCGCGUACGUCGUCACUUGAACCAGGAAUGCCUUUGAUUCAUCGGAACUUCGUAGGUUUCCGAUCGAGAAUUCCUCUCAACGAGGAUGCAUGCUCAGAGCAUCAGGAAGUAAUGCGAUGGCGGCCAGGACGCCCAUGAGGCCACAGCGCCUCAGAAAACUCUCGAGUUUUGGUAGAGAGUGAGAGAAGGAGAGAGACAGAUGAAGGACGGGCCAUGAAGUGCAAUGGAGGGAUAGUUAUUCCUCUCAACGCAGUCGUUCAGCCACUGAAAAAGGAUAAAUCCACCAGCGAUGGGCAAAGAAGGUUAGUCAUUUGAUGUUUAAAUCAUUCUCAGUUUGUAUUACGGAAUAGAAAAGAGGGGAUGGCGCCUGGUGAGAAAAGAACAGUCGGUAGUAAGUUCUUUAUUCAAUAUGUCUUUAUAUACAUAACGGUCAACGCUUGCUAUUUACACUUGUCCUAGACCUUAAUACUCCCCUUCAAGAUGACUAGAAAUAAUUUCUUGAGUCAUCUUGGACAGUAAGUUAGAAAAACAACAAGAUGAUAAUGGUUUUAUAGAAAGGUCUACCAGCCAGUGUUAAGAGGUGAUUUGAACAAGUUUGAUGUAGCUUUGAGGAAGUCUUCUAAGAACAAAAUGAUAAUUAAUUUGAUGGAAGAAAUGUCUUGCUACCCAAAUCUUAAAGUAACUAUUGUAGUUAUAAAAUUUCAGCAAUAGUGACAACUAGAACUUUGCACUUAGCUUCUGCAAAUAACUUAGAAACCCAAUACAAAAAUUUCGUUGUGUUCUAUGAUAUGAGUGAAUUCUAAGAAAAAUACAAAAAUUAAUAACUGAUUUUUGAGAGUCAGCACAAGAAAUCCAAUCUGUGGUAGAGAAUGCUUAAAGCUGUAAUUAAGAUGUGGAAGGAAAGAAUAAACCUUGACUAGGAGUGGAUUUGAGAACAUUUUAGUAAAUGAUGAACAAAUUGUAGAUGUAAUUGACACGCUGAGCCAUGUAUUGAGUCAAAUUAUGCAUUUCAAAUGCAAUGUCUAAACACAAUAAUACCAAAUAAGUUAAUCUUCCAACUAAUCAUCUGUAAUGUGAUGGAUUUUUUGGAAGAUGUCUGAGGGUAGUCGUAAGUUACAAUUGUGGAUCCAUGGGAACAUUUUGGAGUUUAAAUCCAAGAAAACGAACAUCUUUAAGCAAUUGUAGAACAUAAUAUCUCUGAGAUAAGAGAAUGCUAGUGUUUGAACAAAUUAUUUAUGAUCUAAAAAACUGUUUCAAUUAACCUACAUCCUUGAGUUUAUACUAUGUCUGUAUAAGGGUCUUUAACGAAUUUAAUUCAGGAAGAGAGGGUCCAAAAUAAAAUUUGUCAUCAACGCAAACAGUGCAAGAAGUGAGUUUUAGAGUUAACGAUUUUCUAAGGGUCGAUUUAAGUCUAUAGAUUAGUUUAUAUAACUUACAAACAAGCUUGCUAUGAUUAUUGAUCUUCUCCUUAUUGAAAUUUCCUAAAAUAAGGUCCAUGUAUGUACACUUCUUUUGAUAAACCACUAUUGAGGAAAGUUUCAAAGAAAGUUCCAUGUAUAUAUGACAGUAAUCAUUAAUUUGAUGAUUAUGGAAUUGACAACUGUAGAGAAAGUUUCAAAGAAAUAUAUUCAGAGAAAGUUUCAAAUCCAUCAAAUCAUCAAUUGAUGGUAUUUGACUUAUAGAUUCAAUGACAUCCAAUGGUAUGUUUUUCCAAAAGCAAAGACACAUUAGAUCAUGUGAUUUGAUUCCAUGGCAACUAAUUCUUCUUUCACUAUUGUUUGCUAAAGUGGAAAAGUGACAAGUUGAAUUGAAGAAGAAGUGAAGCUCAAAUUGUGAAUCAAUUAUCACUACACUAACAAAUAACAAGUUAAAUUUAAUAUGAAGAUAAAAUAGAACAUCUCUAAGAAUCAAUUGUGAGCUAAUCCUUACAUCACAAACAAAACUGACUAAAAUGUGUGUUACUUAGUAAUAUAAGCAUAGACUGUUAUAUUUGUAUUAGAUCAAAUGUUUCUUAUUACACUAGAAUCAAUAACCCACAAUUUAGAAAAAAAUAGUGAGGAUUUGAAGAUAAUGAGUAGGUAAAUACCUACUACAUAUGAGGAAGAUGUUGCCUCCCUUAUCCCUAAAGAUGGUAAGGCAACCAAGUGUGAACAUAACCUUGUCAUAAAUUAAUGAUAUUGAUUAGUAUUAAGUUUUGUCAUAGUUAGUAGCAAGCUGUCCAUUUAUCUCACUUGUCACAGAUUGAAUAUUAAGAAUUGGUGAAUAAUCAUAGGAUGAGAUUUUGGUUUAUAGAUUGGUAAAUAACUAUGUAUUUUGUAGCACUCUUUUAUAGUAUUUAUGAUCAUCUCUUAGUUGUCAUAUUAAGAGUUAUCAAGAUUUAUCGAAUGGAAUUCAAAUCAAACUAAGAUAAUUUUCAUGAGUUCAGGUCAAUUCUAUAAGGAAAAUGACAAAUCCAAUGACAAUUUUCAUGCUCUCCAGAGAAAUUUAGAUCUAACUAGAUGAUGAAGUAAAAUAGAGGAGAAGGGAGUAGAAGAGGAGAAUCUCCAAUCUUCAGCACUUAUCCUGCUCUCAAUUUGUUACCAUGAAGCUCAUGCUCCUCCCCUGUCAACAUCAAGCUCUUGAUAUGCCUUACUUUUCAGCUUGGAUAUCCAAGAAUUGAUUAGUCUAGAAAUCAAUUAAUUCCUUAAUUCAUUUACUUGUCACCUAAAUGAAUUAAAGAAAAAAAAUCCACAAUGAAGUAAAAUUAGAUUUAGAUCAUGAAUGAUAAAAUUCAAUGAUAAACUGGAUGAACAUUGUGAGCUGUCAUCCAACAAGAGGAAGAAGGGAACCCCCUCUUUGCCCUUACUUUGAUGUUUUUAUACUCCGAUUAGAUCUAUAUUUUAGUUCAGCCGGUUAGGAAUCAGGAUUAUUAGAAAUUGAUUGGGCUUUUAGCAAAAAUCUGACUUUCAUUUCUCUGCCCAUUUGUUAGUAGGAACUUUUUUUUGCAUGGUAUUUUUUUUCCUCAAGCCAUUUUAAUAUAGUUAAAAAAAUUGUCCAAAUGGACCUCUUAAUUAGCUUCCUAAAUGGGUCACAAAUGAACUCAAAAUAUGCCCUAGAAAUCAGCACACAUUUCGAAGUUAUUCUGAAAAAUCACCAAAAAUUAGGAAAAAUCGUUUAUAUCUAACAUAAAGAACUCUGACAAUUAAAUCCAAAAUUUAACCCUAAUUAGAGAAUAUUUCAGGGUAAAAUUUCUAGUUAAAACUCACUAACAUAUGAUCAAGGAAUAUUUAAAAUGUAAACAUGACAUAAAGGUAUGCAAAAAUAAUAGAUUAAAAAUCUAUUUUAUGUAAUUAAUCUAGAGCAUAUUUUACUUGGUUUCACCUUAUAUCAUGAACUAAUACAUAAAAAUGAAUAAUUAUGCAUUAUCACAUAGAACCAAAAUGUAUGAAUGACCAUGAAAUUUAGAAUGUGUGCAAUAUGCACAGUCUUGCCUAGGCCUUUUAUUAUGUUUAAAACUUAGUGGCUAUUUAGUAUUAUUUGUCUUGAUUGAAAAUGCAGUUCUUAGGGUAAUAUUGAUUAUGAAAAGAUUUUGAGUUUUUAUCUAUUUUUGACUCUCUUCUUGAAAAACUAGAGAAUAAACCUUGGUGAUGAAUAAAAUGGGAUCCAUAAGUAACUGAUUAAACUAAUCAUUCAAUCUAUUAAAACAUACAUCACAUUCUAUAGUUGAGCAUAACCAUUCACUUUAUUGACUAUAACAAAACAACAGCAUAAAUAUGAUGGUAUUUUUCUUUUCAGUUCCUCUGAAAUUAUUUUUAAUUUAGUAAAAUAAGCCCCAAUUCAAUACUAUUCUUGAAGAAGAAUUAUUAAUUAUCAUCAUAAUUGAAACAACUUCAGACCUGUACAUUAUCAAAUAUAUUUCGAAACUCUUCUCAUAUUUAAUAGGCUAAAUUUGUAUAGGUGACACUAGCUAAGAUUUUCUUAAAAAGAGAGUAUAAAAUUCAUAAAAGAACUAAAUUGUUACUACAUGUCUAAGAUGGUGAUAAUCUGUUCAUGUGGGCUUUUUUAAUUGAGCCAUUAAUAAAAUCAGCUUUAUUUUUCACAAAGAGUUUGUGAUUCAUAGUUUCCACAAAUGAUGGUUGUGUUGUCAAUAUCAAACUUAGACUAUUUGAGUGGUGCAGAUAAUAAGGAUUCAAAUGAUUAUCCAUUGAUGAUAUACCUUAAAGAUUUCCUAAUUGAGAUGUCAUAAUAUAAAAUCUCAACUCAAUACUAGAGUAAUUAUUUCUGAACUUAAAUAUUUAUUCUCCCCCUAAGUAAGAUAUCCUAUGGGAGAAACAAACACUUGAUAUUUGACGAAAGAGGAAUCUACAAAUUACUUAGAAAGAAAUUAAACUUAUCAACAACUCACACCUUUGAAUGAUGUGGUAAAACAUGACAAGAUUUGUAGAAAAAAAUGGGAAAGAAUUCUCUAUUGAGGAAACAUUAGAAUUAUUGAUGAAAGAAUUCAUAUAUCUCUCCCACUUCUUACAGAAUGAAGCUAAUUAUGGUCCACAUCUUUGACUCGUCUUCUUCUUCAAGCUUGCACAUCUCAAAGUGGCUGCUUCUUCAAGAAUCAUACUACUAGAUAGUUAGUUGAGGGUGGUUGAUUACCAGGUCAAACCUCACUCUUGUGUAAGCUCAACUGCCCAUAGUCAACAUAAACAAUCACUAGAACAUUGGUACUUUGUUGCUGCCAAUUACUACAUUGACACAAUAGUUGGCCCCCAUUUUUAUGAAUUAUAUUGAUUAAAAAAAUUUAUUUUAAAAGAUAUUUAGUUUUCUUUUUUUGGCAUGCUAAUUUUUUCCUUUUAUGUCGGAAGGAACCGUUAAUGUUGAGAUUCAGUUGAACUUUAUUGUGACCUAACCUCUAAUUCAUGGUGCACAAUUGAUUAAACUUGGUUGAUAGACAAGCUCUAGUAUUAGUCAUUGGACAAUCAAUUGUGAUGUUGUUGGUUCAAUGGACUUGAGUUUUAAUUCUUCCGGCUAACUCUACAAUAUUGAUCACCUUGAGUGCAUCACCAAACACAUCAAUGCCAUUUGAUUUCUAUUAUUGUAAUAAACAUAUCAAGUCAAUGAUUGUAAUGGGAACCAAGAAAAAGUCUCAAUCAACAUUAUAAACUUGGUAUUUUUUAAUACUAAAAACUUAAAAACCUCAUCAUGCUAAUUGUUACAAAUCUAACUAGUUUGUAAAUCAUAGAAAAUUGAGCUAAAAUGAAAAUUUGAUGACUUUGGAAUAAACUUCACAAUCUUUAUAUAGUCACUUUCAACAUGAACAUUUUCAAGUUAAGAUAAUUGAAGCCAUACAACCUAUGAAGACAAAAGGGAAUCAUCUAACCAAACAAUUCAAACAUUAUCUAUCUUCCCUGUCUUAUUGAUAGGCUAACAAUAAUAAUCAUGUGCUGCCUCGAUAUUUUAGAUUCACUACUAAAAAAUUAUACGUAUGCCCACAAGCAAUGGUCAAUAGUGAAAAACUUCUACCACUAUGAAUCAAAUAGUGUUUAGAAGUGCUAAAUUGAACAUUAAAGCUUAUGGUUCCAAACUUUAUUGUAAUGAUAUAUGAUUGUUGGAGUAUUGAAUGUAUGAUUUAUAUGACAAUUCUGAAUAAUUAAAAAAAAAUAGACGACAAACAUUUAUAAGAUCAAUUAAAGAAUCAAAGUAUCAGAGGGACACAAUCGUGAAGUCUUGAACACAGCGGGAGCCGCUGACCGUCAAAAAGCAGGGGCGGCGCUUGGGAAGCAAGAAACCAGAGGAAACCCUUCGGUGUAGCCGCCAGUAAGAGACUGCGGCCACAUUGGGACCCCCAGUCGGCUGACCCAAGUCAGCGAAUCUUUUGUGGGCCCACCGUCCGAUUUGAACGAACGAGUUUCCGAAAGGCGCACCGCCAUGUAACUUAUGGGCUUCAGGGACUUUCCCACGUGGGCCUUCUGAGAUCGGUGGCGCUGGACGGAACGCGCUUGCUCCUGGCGUGCCAAGAUCUGCGUCAAUAUGAAUGGGAAGCCGAUAACGUUUUUUUUCCAGAUCUAUCGGGAAAAAAUGACUUUCACAUAAUUUAUCUAGAAGGGGGCUCUUGGGAUUUCCUUCUCUGAGUCUCACUCAUGAGACUGACGUUGAUAUCUGUCUCCGAUGGCUUUUUUCUACAGGCGCCGCCGCCGCCGCCGCCGCCGCCGCCGCCGCCGCCGCCGAGCUCCAGGGCGGUAGUUAAUCAGGAGGGGAGGACGCAGAAUUGGGUGGCAACGUGAAUGGAGACGGUGGGUUCAGUAGGAAACAUGUAGGGCCCUCGGGGAACGCCGCCGGUGGCGGCAGCUGAUUUAUGGCUGCUUGUCUCCCACGCAAAAGGCGCUGCUCUAAUCACACAACAUGGGAACUUUAUAAACUUCCUCGGACGUUGCAGAGUUGUACGUUGCAGAGAGUCGCCCUUUCUUCUCCCCCUGCAAGGUGGGUUCCUUCUGUUCAGGCCUCUCUCCUCUGUUCUUCUUGUUUCUCGUCCUUUCUUCUUCUUCCUCGUCUUUGUCUUCUUCUCCCCGCCGACUUUCUAGAUCGUGUUUUCGGAAGCUUUCCUUCUCUUCUCUCGCCGUAUCUGGGGAUGGAAGGUGGUGGGAUCAUCGACGUGGCCCCCCCCGUCCCUCCCCGCAAAUGGAGAGCGUAGAAGAUCCUUCUUCUUUUCCACCCUUGGUAUUGAUAGUUCAUCAGGCUUUGAAUUACUGGAGGAAAGGGUGUUUUUGCUCCUGGUGUUCCGAGAUCUGCGUGGAUCUUCAUGGCAAGCCGAGAUUGGUUUUUUUCCUAGAUCUGGAGGAAUAAGAAGAUGAUUUUCACAGGCCGGUCUCGGGAAGGGGGCUGUUUAGCUCUCCAAAAUCUCUGGAUUCUCUCUCAUCAGAUUGACGUCGAUUCUGUCUCCUCGGCCUCUUUCCUCGGUCGCCAUCUCCCACAGGCCGGUAUCUUGUUCCUAUGCGGCGGCAACCAGUCGCCGCCAACGAGCUCCAUGGCGGUAGGCAACCAGGUGGGUCUUCCUCGGCAGCUUGCUCACCGGAGAUGGGGGGAGGGGAAGACACGGAGUUGGGCGGCAAGGUGAACUGUGACGGCGGACUCAAAGUGAAGCACGAUGGUCCCUCCGGGAACAGCUCGGAGAACGUCGCCGCCGCGGGCUCGGGAUCGCAUCAGAGGGAGAAGAAUCAGGGCACGAAGGUCGUCCCCUACAGCAAGCUCUUCUCCUUGGCCGAUUCCACGGACAUUGCCCUCAUGGUUCUCGGGACCAUCGGAGCUCUGGCGAACGGCGUUUCCAUGCCGCUGAUGACUCUCCUGUUCGGGAACCUGACAGACUCCUUUGGGGAGGCAGCGGGCAUCAAUGACGUCGUCCGCAGGGUCUCCAAGGUGGGUAACGAAGCCAUCCCUGCGGCUGAUAUUCCUCUCUUUCUCAGCUCCUCAUUGGUCGAUUUAUCCGUAGGUCUCUCUCCAAUUUGUUUACCUGGCCACCGGCGCUGGCGUCGCCUCUUUCCUCCGUAAGUUCCCUCCCUUCCUCUGAGGUCAGUAGAACACUUAAAUCUUCUCCGUCCGGCAGCGGAGGUGGUGACGCCGUUUCUUUCCUCUUCUCCUUCUUUUUCUUCGGGGUCUGUCUGUGACAGAGGUGACCUGCUGGAUGGUCACCGGCGAGAGGCAGGCGGCGAGGAUCAGGAAUAUGUACUUGAAGGCCAUCUUGAGGCAGGAGAUCGGCUUCUUCGACAAGGAGACGAACACGGGGGAAGUCGUCGGUAGGAUGUCCGGAGACACCGUCUUUAUCCAAGACGCCAUGGGAGAGAAGGUGGAGUUCUGGUCCAUUAAAGAUCUUCUUCUUCUUCUUCAGCUGGUGCUGCUGCUGCUUCUCCUUCUCCUGCUUCUUCUGCCCUGAAGGUUCCCCCUGUCCAUCCUCUGCGUUUCAGGUGGGCAAGUUCAUCCAGCUGAUGUCAACAUUUGUCGGGGGAUUCGUGAUAGCGUUCGUCCAGGGAUGGCUCCUCACCCUCGUCAUGCUCUCCACCAUCCCACCUCUCGUGGUAGCCGGCGCAGCCAUGGCCACGAUCAUCGUGAGGUUGGCCUCUCGCGGACAGACGGCCUAUGCCGAGGCGUCGGUGAUCAUCGAGCAGACAAUCGGCGCCAUAAGAACGGUGAGUAGCACCACCACCACCCUCAGCGGCGUAAUGAGUACAGUGAGGAUAGAUUUUCUUCAUCCAUCCUUCUCACUGAGUGUUGUGUGCGCACAGGUAGCCUCCUUCACCGGCGAGAAACUAGCCCUGGAGAAGUACAGCAAGUCGCUGAGGGCUUCAUACAAGGCCAGCUGCCAGGAGGGCCUCAGCGCCGGCGCCGGCCUCGGCGCCGUCUUAGGCAUCAUGCUCUUCGGCUACGCUUUGGGCAUCUGGUACGGGGGGAAGCUGAUACUGGACAAGGGGUACUCCGGCGGAGACGUCAUCAACGUCAUCUUCGCCAUCUUGACCGCCUCUAUGUGAGCCGCCCAUCUUCCUUUCUGCAUGCCCGCCCCCCGUCCUCCUUCCUUUCUCGCUCAUAGCACCUGGUUUUUCUCUGGUCGACUGCCUGCUGGAAAUGAAGCUCGCUAGGACAGGCGUCGCCGUGCAUAAGCGCAUUCGCGGCUGGGAAGGCUGCGGGGUUCAAGAUGUUCGAGACGAUCGAGAGGAAGCCGGAGAUCGACACGUACGACGAGGGGGGGAGGACGCUGGAGGACCUCCGGGGGGACGUCGAGCUGAAGGACGUGCACUUCAGCUACCCUGCACGCCCGGAGGAGCCGAUCUUCACCGGCUUCUCUCUCGUUAUCCCGAGCGGGACGACCACCGCCCUGGUCGGGCAGAGCGGCAGUGGGAAGUCGACGGUGGUCAGUCUGAUCGAGCGGUUCUACGACCCACAGUCCGGCGCCGUGCUCAUCGACGGCGUCGACCUCCGGGACUUGCAGCUGCGGUGGAUCCGGGGGAAGAUUGGGCUGGUGGGCCAGGAGCCCGCACUCUUCACCGCCAGCAUCCGGGACAACAUCGCCUACGGCAAAGACAGCGCCACCAUCGAGGAGAUCCGGGCCGCCGCCGAGCUCGCCAACGCGGCCAAGUUCAUCGACAAGAUGCCCCAGGUCAGAGCUGACGUCUUCUUCUUCUUCGUCAUCAUCAUUAUCAUCAUCAUCAUCAUCCUCAUCUUCUUCUUCCGCAGGGGCUGGAGACGAUGGUGGGGGAGCACGGGACGCAGCUCUCCGGCGGGCAGAAGCAGCGGGUGGCCAUCGCCAGGGCGAUCCUCAAGAACCCGCGCAUCCUCCUCCUAGACGAGGCGACGAGCGCGCUCGACGCAGAGUCGGAGCACAUCGUGCAGGAGGCGCUGGACCGGGUCAUGAGGGACCGCACCACCGUCAUCGUCGCCCACCGCCUCAGCACCGUCAGGAACGCCGACAACAUCGCCGUGGUCCAGCGGGGACGCAUCGUCGAACAAGGUACGCCGUCGUCUCAUCCGCCUGCUCCUCUGAAACCCGGUUGGUUUCGCCGUCGAUGGCGCCGGAGUGUGACGGUGGUCGGCGCCUCUGCGCAGGGUCACACGAGGAGCUGCUCAAGGACUUGGAGGGGGCAUACUCCCAGCUCAUCCGCCUGCAGGAGACGGCGAAGCAGGAGCCGUACGCCUAUCAGAGGAGCGCGUCGUCGACGGAGAUCCGCCGGCAGUCGAGCCAGAUCCGACGGUCCAUUAGCCGGGGAUCCUCGACCGGAAACACCAGCGCUCACUCCUUUUCGGUGCCCUUCGUCGUGGCGGUCGGGGUCGGAAUUUACGACGACGAAGCGCCCGGGGAGGGGAAGCCGCCGGCAGAGCUCGACGGCGAGCUGUCGUCGCCCGCCCCCGAGCCGCCGUCCGUCUACCGCCUUGCUGCCAUGAACAAGCCGGAGAUCCCGGUUCUGCUGCUUGGGGUGGUCUCCGCAUCGGUGGCCGGUGUCAUAAUGCCGAUAUUCGGGCUGCUGCUGGGUAGCAUCAUCGAGACGUUCUACAAGCCGGCCGCCGAGCUGAAGAAGGACACAAGGUUCUGGGCUCUGAUGUUCACCGUCCUCGGGCUGGUCUCCCUCGUCGUCUACCCGGCGAGGACUUACUUCUUCGCGCUGGCGGGGGGCCGGCUGAUCAAGAGGAUCAGGAUAAGGACCUUCGAGAAGGUGCUCACUAUGGAAGUUGCUUGGUUCGACGAACCGGCGAACUCGAGCGGCGAGAUCGGCGCGAGGCUCUCGGCGGACGCUGCAACGGUCCGGAGCCUCGUCGGCGACGCGCUCGCUCUGGUGGUCGAGAACCUGGCGACCUUGUUGGCCGGCCUGAUCAUCGCGUUCGUGGCCAACUGGCAGCUCUCCCUCAUCAUCCUGGGUUUGCUACCGCUGAUUGGUCUCAACGGCUGGGUUCAGAUGAAGUUCAUCCAGGGUUUCAGCGCCGACGCAAAGGUACUCCUCUUCCUCCUCCUCCUCAUCAUCUUCUUCUUCUUCCGAGAUGAUGAUGAUCAUCUUUUUUUUUCUUGUGCCAGAUGAUGUACGAGGAGGCAAGCAAGGUGGCGAACGAUGCCGUGGGAAGCAUACGGACGGUGGCUUCGUUCUCUGCGGAAGAGAAGGUGAUGGAGCUCUACAAGAAGAAGUGUGAGGCCCCACUGAAGGCGGAGAUUCGGCAGGGCCUGAUCAGCGGGAUCGGCUUCGGGCUCUCCUUCUUCCUCCUCUUCUGCGCCUACGCAACCAUCUUCUACGCCGGCGCCAAGUUCGUCGAGGACGGCAAGACCACCUUCCCGGACGUCUUCAAGGUGACAACCGAUCCCCGGCGGCGCCCCUAGCUCGGACCUUGGCUCCUGAUCCGACAGGCUCUUUUUUUCCCUCGAUGCGGCAGGUGUUCUUCGCCCUGGCCAUGGCGGGAAUCGGGAUCUCGCAGACGAGCGGCCUGGCCCCCGACUCGAGCAAGGCGAAGUCGGCCAGCGCCUCCGUUUUCGCCAUCCUCGACCGAAAGUCCAAGAUCGACCCCAGCGAUCCCACCGGGAAGACGUCAGAGGUAAAGGGGAACAUCGAGUUCCGGCACGUCAGCUUCCGGUACCCAACGAGGCCCGAGGUUCAGAUUUUCCAGGACCUCUGCCUGACCAUCCUCGCCGGCAAGGUACGCCCGCCGCCAUUAAUUUUUAUUAACCUCAGGAAGAGGUGUGAGAGCUCUUUCGGCGUUCCGACCGCGAAGUUCGUGAUGGUGGCUCUGUUCUGUUCGACCUCCGCAGACGGUGGCGCUGGUGGGGGAGAGUGGCUGCGGGAAGUCGACGGCGAUCGCGCUUCUGCAGAGGUUCUACGACCCCGACUCCGGCCAGAUCCUGCUGGACGGAGAGGACAUUCGGAGCUUCCAGCUGCGGUGGCUGCGGCGGCAGAUGCGCCUGGUUGGCCAGGAGCCCGUCCUCUUCAACGGCUCUAUCCGCGCCAACAUUGCCUACGGCAAGGACGGAGACGCCUCCGAGGCGGAGAUCGUCGCCGCCGCCGAGGCAGCCAACGCCCAUAAGUUCAUCAGCGGCCUCCAACAGGUGGGUCCUCUUCCCCUCCGCUUCAUCCUCCACCGCGUCCGGUGGCGGCGCCGCCUUAUUCCUUUCCUUUCCUUCUUUGACGAUCCUCUGAGCGCGUGCAGGGGUACGAGACGGUGGUCGGCGAGAGGGGAAUCCAGCUGUCGGGAGGGCAGAAGCAGAGGGUAGCCAUUGCCCGGGCCAUGGUGAAGGACCCGAGGAUCUUGCUGCUGGACGAGGCCACGAGCGCCCUCGACGCCGAGUCCGAGAGAGUAGUCCAGGAUGCGCUGGACAGGGUGAUGGUCAAUCGGACGACCGUCAUCGUCGCCCACCGGCUGUCCACCAUCAAGGGCGCCGACCUCAUCGCCGUCGUCAAGAACGGGGCCAUCGUCGAGAAGGGCCGCCACGGUACCCUCAUCAACAUCAAGGACGGCGCCUACGCUUCCCUGGUGGCGCUCCACUCUAAAGUUGUAUCCUAG